AAAUAUGGUCGUUUUAACCAAUAUCAAAUUAAGCAAAUUCUAAUUGUUUAAUUGGAAACAAAAAAGAAAAAGCAGAAAUAUGAUCUCAAAUAACGAAAAUGAAAGCACAUCGUCCCUAUCAUCGCAAUUUCAAGGUGAAAAUGAUGUCAUGACUGAAUCUUCUAUAGUUGUACCAUCAACUUCUACAAGUAAUUCCUCACUGUUAACUUUUAAUCAAAAUGUAAUUGAUUAUGAUGUUCCUGAGCAACAAAUUAGCCCCUUUCGUCGUUUUUCUACUUGUCAACCAUAUUCAUCGACACCUGAAUCAUCUGUAUUAACGUUUAAUAACGAAGAUAAUGAUAUUGAUAAUAUUAGUGACAAUAACCAUACUGACGAUAACGGUAGUAUCAAUAACGAUAAUAGCGAUAUUAAUGACGAUAAUGAUAACAGCAAUAACGGUAGCGACCAUAAUGAUAAUGAUAUUGAUAAUAGUAGCGAAAAUAACCACACUGGCGAUAACAGUAGUAGCGAUAACGAUAGAAGAAAUAACGAUAAUAGCGAUAUUAGUGACGAUUGGGAUAACAACAAUAACGAUAUCGACGAUAAUGUUAGUAGCGAUAAUGACAGAUUUGCUAAUAAUAAAAACGAUUGGCUCAAUAACCCUAUUUAUGAUAACGCAAAUAUUUGUGGAGGUGAUGCUUUAAAUCAGAUUUUAAAAAUAUAUGUUUCAAACCGAUUAACGAAAACAGCUUUAGGGGAUAUGUUAAGUUUAAUAAAUAAUUUAUUACCUGAAGACCACUCACUUCCAAAAACAAAAUAUAAAUUAACAAAAUUAAUUGAUAAAGUUUUACCUCCUGUGCAGGCGAAUUUUACAACUAAACACAGGAUUUGUGCAGACUGCCUUAACUAUGUAGGAGAAUGGUCAGAUUCUGUAAAUGUGCAAGUUUGUUUGCGAUGUAAUAGUAGAAAGUUGGACAGUUUUUUUCUAGAAUUUGAUAUUGAAACAGAAUUACGUAUUGCUUUUGAAGUGAGGGAUCUUCAUUGUUUAAUUGAUUCCUUUAAAACCGAUUGUUUAGGAAGAAAUCCAGAAUUGGUGACCGAUUUGAUAUCUGCUUCUGAAUAUCGUCGUUUAAAAACAAUUGCCAUUCCUGGAGAAUAUGAUCUUUUCAUGAUUUGGUUUACUGAUGGUGUACAAAUGUCCAAAAGUGGACGCAGUCAGAUGUGGCCUGUAUACGCUCAAAUUGUAAACAUACCGCCACAUUUUCGAAGGAGUUUCCAAUUUGUGUGUGGUAUUUUUUACCGUAACGAAGGCAUAAAAAAACCAGACAUGAACUCAUAUCUCCAACCUUUUUCUUUGUCUCUAAAUAAUUUAUUUGUAAAUGGAUUUGAAUGGUUAAAUCAAAAGUUGCAGCGUAAAAUCAGAAGUAAAGUACUUGCGCCUAUUGCGAUUUUGGAUGCUCCUGCUCGAGCAUCUGUGCAAAACAUAAAUUAUUACAAUGGAGAGUACAGUUGUGCAAGUUGCGAGGCAAAAGGAGAAAGUUGUCCAACUGGAGCUGGUUGGAAUUGGAUUUAUCCAAUAGUUUCAGAAGAACCUCCUUUAAGAUCCUCUGAAAGAAUGGAGAUUCAAACCGCAAUAGUUGAAAAAUACGAGAACUUGAAACACUUUAGAGGCGUUAAAGGUAGAUCGGUUGUCACAAAUAUUCCUUACUUCAAUAGGUCAAAGGGAUUUCCCCAUGAUUAUAUGCACUCAGUGCUUCUUGGUGAAAUGUUAGCACUUUUGACUUGCUGGUGUAAUUCCAAUAACCAUGCAGAAGAUUUCUAUUUGACCAAAGAGAAUAGAGAUGAAAUUAGUGAAAUUUUAGUUAAAAUAUCACCGCCGGACGACGUGACACGAAAUCCCAGAUCGCUGUUAAAGCUGAAAGAUUGGAAGGCUUCCGAAUUCAGAGCAUUCCUUGUGUAUUUCGGACCGAUAGUUUUAAAAAAUCGUUUUAAGAAAUCGGAAUAUUUUGAUCACUUUUUACUGCUUGUUAAAGCAAUCCAACUUUUAUCAAAAGAGAAAAUUCUUCCGGCAGAAAUCGAUCUCGCGGACAGUUUAUUACACAUUUUCAUUAUUGACGUGGAACGAUUGUACGGUCUUAAUAAAUGCACUUACAAUUUACACCAAUUGAAACAUCUUGCACAAAAUGUUCGAGAAUAUGGACCGCUCUGGGUUUGGUCGGCUUUCUUGUCUGAAGAUCAAAAUGGCGAAUUGGUCAAAAUGACACACGGUUCUAAUAAGAUAGAUGUUGAAUUAUCAAAUACAAUAAAAAUAAUCCAAGCCCAACGUUGUAUUAAUUAUCUUGUGCAACCUGAAAGACCAUUAAAUGUUUAUGAAUGUUGCACACAUGGACCAUCUAUACCACAUACUAUUACAGAUAGCGAACUUCUGGCUAUUAGUCAUGCGACAGGUCUUACCAACGAGCAGUUAUUGGAAGCUCCUACUCCGAUAUUUUCUAGGUGCAAAAUAAAUAACGAAAUUUACACUUCAAAAUUAUAUUCUCGUCAAAAAAAACGUAAAAACUAUUACGUACAAUAUAAAAUUAAUGAAUCAAUUUCUUUUGGUACUGUUAAAUAUUAUAUUACAGUUCAAAAAGUUUCAUACGCAGUAUUAAGCAAACUUAUUGUUACCGACGAUAGCAAACACGAAAUUAAAAACAGAGAAAUUGGAUUCAAUCUGAAUGAAACUUUAAAACAUGUUCGAGAGUCUUACGUUAUAGAAAUUGUCACUUUAGACAAAAUUGUAUCAAAAUGUUUGAAGGUAGAAAAUUAUAUAUGUAUCUUAAUAAAUAAUAUGGAAAGAAAAUAAUGUUUUCCUCAGAGAACAAUUUUAAAGUAAAAAUUAACAAUCGAAAUAGCGCAAUUUUUAAUAAACUAAAUAAUUGUAACGAAAUCGAAAAUUUUCAUUGAUUUUGUAUGAACGAAAAAUCGAUAAUCGGAGACCAAAAGUGAACGGAUAAUUAAACCUAAAUCGAUAACCGAAAAAGCGUGAUUGUUAAGAAACCAAAUAAUUAUAACAAAAUUAAAUUUUUUUAAUGUUUUUGUGUAAGACUAAUUA